UGCAAAACAGGCAUCAAUUUCCGGCUUGAUGUCUUAAUUAAGCACGUGUUCCUUCCAACUUUUCAGUCUGACGGGACCCAUUCGCUUUGUGUGGAGGAGUAAUACCUGGUGGAAGUCUUCUCACAUUCUUGUCCUGUGGUGUGCCCACAACACUGCUGCUCUUGUCCUGUGGUUGAGCCCUGUGCUGCUGCUUGUGAGUGUUGCCUGUGCCCUGUGCCCUGUGCCCUGUGCUGCUGCGUGCUUUGUGCCCGUCUGGUGCCAGGCCAUGUCUGCGGGCCUGCAGAUGCUUGGUGUGGUGUUGGGACUGGUGGGCUGGAUCGGUGCCAUCGUGUCCUGCGCUCUGCCCCUGUGGCGCGUCACCGCGUUCAUCGGGAGCAACAUUGUCACAGCGCAGACCAUGUGGGAGGGCCUGUGGAUGAACUGUGUGGUGCAGAGCACGGGCCAGAUGCAGUGCAAGGUCUACGACUCCAUGCUGGCGCUGCCUCAGGAGCUGCAGGCGUCGCGCGCCAUCCUGGUCAUCGGCCUCCUGCUGUCCGCCGUCGCCCUGCUGGCCAGCCUUGCCGGGGCACGGUGCACCACCUGCCUGGCCGAGGGUUCCGGCAAAGCGCGGGUCGCCACGACAGCCGGAGCGCUGCUCGUAAUCGGCGGGCUGCUGUGUCUGAUCCCGCCCAGCUGGUCGGCGCACCGGGUGAUCCGUGACUUCUACAGCCCCCUGGUGGUGCAGUCGCAGAAGCGCGAGCUGGGCGCCGCACUCUUCCUCUGCUGGGGCGCCGCGGCGCUGCUGCUCAUCGGUGGCGGCCUGGUCUGCGCCUCCUGCCCGCAGAGGUACGGGGCCGCGCAGGUGAGCGGACGCCGCUACAAACUCAACUCGCAGUCCUCCGUCCAGACCGACCGCUUGGCCUAUGUCUGAGAGACCCUUUAGAUGGAACAUAUGUAGAGUGAACUGGCACUCUCUUUACAUGUAAUAAGUGAACUGUCAUCGUCUUAGAUAAAAUUAGAUGUUUAUUUAGUAUUUUAAUAUGUUAAUAUAUAUUUUAAUGUUCACGUUGAUGUGUUUUUUUUAUUAUUAUUUUGUUUUAUCUUUAUGUGAAUUUGUGUGACUUGAGUUUAAUAAAACCAUUUGUUUAAAGAAA